UGUCCGCGCGAGCCUGCCAGCACCUGACGGUGAGGAUGGCCAAGGUGAAGCAGGUGGGCCUCCUGGCGGCCGGCUGUCAGCCCUGGAACAAAGACGUGUGCGCAGCGAGCGGAGACCGUUUCGCCUACUGCGCCACCCUGGCCAUCUACGUCUACCAGUUGGACCAGCAGUAUAAUGAGUUUAAGCUGAGGUCCAUCAUGUCCGAACACAAGAAGACCAUAACGGCCAUCAGUUGGUGUCCCGACAACCCCGACCUGUUUGCGUCAGCCUCUGCUGACAACCUGCUCAUCAUCUGGAACGUGGCAGAGAAGAAGGCUGUGGCCAGACUGGACAACACCAAAGGCGUCCCCGUGUCCGUCAGCUGGUGCUGGAAUUCGGCGGACGGCGUGGCCUUUGUCUCUCAGCGAGGCCCGCUCUACAUCUGGGCCUACCGAAGUUCUGAGCCGGGGGUCACGGUGCACAAAGAAGCCCACUCCUUCCUGUCUGAUAUCUGUCUCUUCAGAUGGCACCCGACCAAGAAGGCCAAACUGGUGUUCGGACACACAGACGGGAGUUUGUCUGUUUUUCAACCAGGAAGUAAAAGUCAGAAACAUGUUCUGCGUCCGGAGUCUUUGGAGGGAACGGAUGAGGAAGACCCAGUCAGCGCUCUGGAAUGGGACCCUUUAUCGACGGAUUAUUUACUGGUUUCUAACCUCCAUAAUGGCAUCCGGCUGGUGGACAGCGAGGCGUUGGCGUGCAUCACAUCCUUCUGCUUCCCCUCGGCGGCGGCGUCCGUUCAGUGUUUGGCCUGGGUCCCCUCAGCACCAGGGAUGUUCAUCACCGGAGACUCGCAGGUCGGCGUGUUGAGAGUUUGGAACGUGUCCCGGCCCACUCCGCUGGACAGCUUCAAGCUGAAGAAGACCGGCUUCCACGCUCUGCACGUCCUCAGCUCCCCUCUGGCCAAGAAAGCCCAGAGCUCCUGUUCUCCCAGUAAGAGUCUGCACACCAGUUCCACCAGUGAGGCGGUCCCCCCUCCUACCCUGUCCCAGAACCGGUCCUUCUCUCUGCCUCCGGGCCACGCGGUCUGCUGCUUCAUGGACGGAGGCGUGGGACUCUACGACAUGGGUGCCAAGAAGUGGGACUUCCUGCGAGACAUGGGUCAUGUAGAAACCAUCUUCGACUGCAAGUUCAAACCUGACGAUCCCAACCUGCUGGCCACGGCAAGUUUUGAUGGAACCAUAAAAAUCUGGGACACAAACACGCUAACGGCUGUUUACACGUCCCCCGGGAACGAAGGCGUGGUCUACUCCCUGUCCUGGGCUCCAGGAGACCUGAACUGCAUCGCCGGAGCGACGUCUCGUAACGGAGCAUUCAUCUGGGACGUCCGCAAAGGAAAGAUCAUCACUCGCUUCAAUGAGCACGGUAAAAACGGGAUCUUCUGUAUUUCAUGGAGCCACAAAGACUCAAAGAGGAUCGCCACCUGCAGCGGAGACGGGUUCUGCAUCAUCCGGACCAUCGACGGUAAAAUCCUCCAUAAAUACAAACAUCCAGCUGCCGUGUUCGGCUGCGACUGGAGCCAGAACAACAAGGACAUGAUCGCCACCGGCUGCGAGGAUAAAAACGUCCGGGUCUACUACCUGGCCACCAGCUCGGAUCAGCCGUUGAAGGUUUUCACCGGACACCUGGCCAAAGUCUUCCACGUGCGCUGGUCUCCCCUCAGAGAGGGGAUCCUGUGCUCCGGGUCGGACGACGGGACUGUUCGGAUCUGGGACUACACCCAGGACGCUUGUAUCAACGUUCUGAGCGGCCACACGGCUCCGGUCCGAGGUCUGAUGUGGAACACAGAGGUCCCUUACCUCCUCAUUUCAGGAUCCUGGGAUUACACGAUCCGAGUGUGGGACACCAGAGACGGGACGUGUUUGGACACCGUCUUCGACCACGGAGCUGAUGUUUACGGUUUGACGUGUCAUCAGAACCGUCCGUUCACCAUGGCGAGCUGCAGCAGAGACAGCACUGUCCGACUCUGGUCCCUCACGCCGCUCAUCUCCCCUCUGUUGCUGAACGUCCUCACCGAGCAGCCCUGGGAGAAGAUAACCGGGAACACGGACACGGCGAUGGUCCCCGGCUCGCCGCCGCUGCUCUGUGGGAAAGUGUCCAGAGACAUCAAGCAGGAGUUGGACAAACUGAGCGGGGACACCAGGUCCAAGAAGCUGCGCUGGUUCUCCGAGUGCUUCUCGCCUCCAGGGGGCAGCACCAACCUGUGGGACCUGGUCUUUGUCCUCAACGGGCAGGACGACUCGCUGCUGCCUGCCAGCUACAGCAAAGGAGUGAUGCACAUGAAACAUCUGGUCAAGUUUAAAACGUCGGAGGCCCAGGAGCUGACGAUUGUUAAAAUGUCGAAGUUCGGAGGAGGAAUCGGAGCUCCCAGUAAGGAGGAGCGUCUGAAAGAAGCAGCAGACAUUCACCUGAGGCUGGGGCAGAUCCAGAGAUACUGUGAGCUCAUGGUGGAGCUGGGUCAGUGGGAGAAAGCCUUGUCUGUUGCUCCAGGAGUCUCCAUGAAGUACUGGCAGAAACUCAUGCAGAGGCGAGCUGAUCAGCUGAUGGCCGAAGACAACGACGACGCCAUCCCGUACUGCAUCGCCACCGGAGACAUAAAAAAACUGGUGACGUUCUUCAGCAGCAGGGGGCAGCUGCUCGAGGCCUUACUGAUCGCACAGGGAGCCUGUGAGGGAAACAUUCGUGCUCCUCAAACGUCCGCUGUCAACCACACAACCAACGAUGUGGAGAACAGACAACAGUACCACAGUUUCCUCCGUCACGUCUGUCAGGAACUGGCUGAGUGGUACUUCCAGGACGGAUGCUCGGUUCUGGCCGCCUGCUGCCACCUGGCUGUGGACGACAUCCAGUCAGCCAUGGUCAGUCUGAUCCGAGGGAACGAGCUGGAGCUGGCUGCGUGUGUGGGUCUGGUCUUUGGAGAGGCGGCCAAUCAGAGCACAGCUUACUGCCUCCAGCUGUUGGCGAGGAAGUACAUGACUCCUCCUACAUGGGAUCUGUCAGCCCAGCUGCUGCAGAUGAUUCCUGACAGCCACUUCUUCUUGGCCCAGCUGUGUGCCUUUUACCCAGGAGGUUCUGCAGAGCUGGACCAGCUCCACCUCAGGUGCGGCCUGCCCUCCGUGGACGAGUGCAGCACGUUGGCAGAAGAAGCCCUGAGGGAACACGACCUGUUUUCUGCCGUAAAGUUCCACCUGCUGAGCUCCGAGCCCGAAAACGCUCUCCAGAUCGGAAUCAGCCACGUCAAAGAACAGCUGUCAGGAUCCAACUGGACCGUGGACAGCCUUCAUCCCGUCCUCGACCUGAUGAGUUACAUCAGAACCGACCGCCUCAUCGUCUCCCACCUGACCCAAGCCCGCAGUGAGCUGCUCAUCCUGUGUGGUUACAUCGGAGCUCUACUGGCCAUCAGGAGGAGCUACUGCAGCAUCGUACCUGCUCUCUACGAAUACACCAGCCAGCUGCUGAAGAGGAGGGAGGUGAGCGUCCCGCUGAAGAUCGAGCAGCUGUCGGUGGAGCUGGACGCCUGGAGGGCAUGCACGCAGACCAGCAGCACCCCUCCAUCAGAGGCUCAGAGAGAAGAGUUCAGCCGCCUGCAGAGGAGGAUCCAGCCAACAGAACCAGCAGCGCUGGUUCUGUGUGGCGCCGAUUACGUGACGGGCUCCAACCUGCCGAGCCAUUCGGACCUGCAGCUGUCCUGUUUCACCGGACACAGGAUCCAGGGUCCGGUGUUUGUUCUGGAGGACAACAAAUCGUCCAUUUCCCUGAACGAUGCUCUGAUGUGGGCCAAGGUGAACCCGUUCUCUCCGCUGGGAACCGGACUCAGGAUCAACCCGUUUUAACUUGCAGAUAGAACCAUUCAGGAAGAACCAAAGACAGUAUGACCCAGAACUAAAGAACUGAACCCGAAGGAACAUUUGUUGUUCUGAAGACUUGAGGGUGAGACCGCCGCUCCUCGUGGGGUCCAAAAUAAAAAUAAACCUAAUUUCAACAA